AUGCCCUUUGCUCUUCAGUGCAACUCUGCCCCACGUCUCCUCCGCAUCUCUUUCUCUCUCUCUCUCCGGCGACAGGCAAACCAGCACCUACACAGAAACUCUUCGCUUUUUUUUCUGCUCCUGCACAGCCUGGUGAGUACACGUGCUCACCCGCCCAUCACCGCUUCCUCCGCGUCAGGGAUUUCCGCCUACACACGGCGCACGGCACCACGUAUUUUUCUCCUUAAGACGAGGGGCCGAUACAUUUUUAGACUCGAUCCACACCGCUUCCACCUCUCUCCUCUGUGCAGGAGGGGAGCGAGAGAGAGAGAAGCCUAUCAAGCCAUUCAUGGUGCUCAUCGAAGCCGCUCCUCUCAGUCGGCCCAUUACGGCUACCCUCACCGCGGUGGACGCCGUUUCCGUUGGACUGACUCAUCUCUCUGUGGAGCAUCAAACACCUCCUCAUCUUGCUUGCCUCCUGCCUCGCGUUCACUUUCUUCGCGCGUGGCCAUUUUGACCUCCUCUCCCUCCCCUUACCUCCUGUCCCCUACACUGUACUAUUCCUCUCUCUCGCUCUCAUUCGCAAUGCUGCGUCGCACACCCUACAUUCUCGCCCCCGCUUGUAACUGGACAGCUGCACCGCGGGACAAGGCGCACUUCGAUGUGUGUGUCAUCGGAGGUGGCCCUGCCGGCAUUGCGGCGGCACUGCGGGCGGCCGAUUACAAGAAGCGCGUCUGCAUCGUGGAGAAGUCGCGACUGGGCGGCAGUGACUUGUGGGACGGCGCAUUGCAGUCGAAGACAAUGUGGGAAUACUCAACUGUCAUGGACAAAAUGCGUGGAGAGACAGCCAUUCGCCUCUACGGCGAGAGCCUUGAUCGCUGCCUUGAGAUCGACGAAGUCAAGAUGCGGCGAUCAAUGGAGACAGUGAGCCACAUCCGCGAGGAUCAGAUCCUGGCAGCACUCAAGGCCUCAGCGAACGUGGAACUCAUGUAUGGCAGGGCGACCUUUAACAGCAACCACGAGAUCCAGUGCCAUAACAAGCUGACGAUGGAUUACCGCACCAUCACGGCGGACUACUUUAUCGUCGCCACCGGGUCGAAGCCGCGGAAGCACCCUUUCGUGGCUGCUGACGGGAGGCUGGUCAUGACCUCCGACCACAUCAUGCGAGCCCCGCUACCGAAGAGCUUGGUGAUCGUGGGUGCUGGCGUCAUUGGCUGUGAGUUUGCCGGCAUCAUUGGUCGACUAGGCAAAACAAAGGUCUCCAUCAUUGACAAGGCGCCGCACAUCCUGCCCUGGGAGGACCCCGACAUUGUUCACAUGAUCGAGAGAGGCAUGGACCGCGUCGGCGUUGUCGUUCACCACAACUCCGACCUAUACGAUAUGCAGCCCUGGGAGGAGACCGAGGCGGAGGCGGAGGCGCGACACCCGGCGGACCCCGCGCCGCAGUCUGGCGUGCAGUACACCGUGAUGGAUCGCAGCACGCGGAUGCUGACCACGUUUCAGGUGGAGCGUGCGCUUAUCGCCAUCGGUCGCGUUCCGGACUUCUCCCGCCUCGGUAUCGAGAACACCACCGUCAUGACCCGCGGCAGUCAGCUGCACGUGAAUGGGUUUGGCCAGUGCGUUGGGACGUCACACAUUUUCGCCGUUGGCGACGUCGCUACGCGCAUGCAGGUCGUCAGCAUGGGCGAGGCCCAGGCAAGGCUAGCCGUGGACUACAUCUACGGCACGGAGCCGAAGGUGGUGCCGAAUUUGACGGAGAGCAUGUCCAGCGUUGCCUUCCUGACCCGUGCCGUCGCCUCUGUCGGGUACAACGAGUCGCAGUGCCGGAAGAAGGGCAUUGCCUACAUCGCUGCCCGGUACAGCUACGAGGUGAUGAGCCGCGCCGUAGCUGCCGCAAACACGGAGGGCUUCGUGAAGAUCAUCGUUGCGGACGACCCGGAGCGGCGCAUCCUGGGCGUGCGGGCAGUGGGCAUGAACGCAAGCACGCUCGUGGAGAUUGGCGCACUGGCUAUUCAAAACAACCAGACAGUCUUCGACCUUGCGGGGCGCCUGACCGCGUACCCGGCCGUUUCACAGGCCUUUCAGGAGUGCCUGCGCUCCAUUCUAAACCUUCCAGAACACCUGCAUACGAAGUCAGCGUGCGGUGUCAAGCUGACGAAGUGGGCACCAGCCGACAUGGAUCGGGGAAUGGCGUACAGGGGAAAAACGGCGGCGUUGAGGUUGACCAGUCCCGGGUGA